AUGGUACCGCCUCGGCGUAAAGCCGUGGUGUCAACCCCUUCGCAGGGGCCUUCAGGGGCCUCUGCUACAAACAACAGCAACAACGCUGCCGCUGCUCAGCAGCACCCUUCGCAGGGCCUCUCAGGAGGAUCUGCUCCACCAUAUCCCGCUCCAACAGGUGCGCACUCGAUCCAGUACUCAACUGGAUCCAACACCAACGCCUGGCAGGGUACCGCGAGCUUUCGGACGGCGAACGGCGCGCCCGCCGCUCCUUCAUCGACACAGAAUCGGUUCAGACUACUCGCAGACGACGCGAGACUCAAGGAAGCGGUUCAGAAGCGUUCCAAGUCCAUGGGCACUCAGCGCGACAGCGAGCUUGAGGAGACGGACUACGAGGUCAUCCCGAUCGAGGACCUUCCCGAGGAGCUGAAGUACAAGGAGUCGAAGAAGUUCUACCCUGAAUAUCUCCCAAUGGAUCACGCCAAGCAACAUCCACUGAAGGAUGUAUUUGACUACCGUGGCAAGGAGACUGUCACCUUCUCCCUCGACACGAAGAAGGUUGCCGGUCCCGAGGGUGAUACUCUCGCCAUGGUCAUGAUCAACGACCUGGGCGGCGCGACAUUUGGCUGGCCGACUCCGGUCUUCGGCGGCAAUGAGACAAUCAAAGCCCGCCGCUUCUUGAAAUUUGGACUUCGUCCGAAUUCGCAGCUGCCCUCGGUCGUCUUCAAGAUUCAGCGUAGCGCAGGCCGGAGCGUCAUCAUCGAGGUCUACGCCAACAGCCUCGACCGUGGUGAGGAUGGAGUUGGCAUCAACUUCUCGGCAGGUGGCCCCUCGACAACGCUGAGCGACAAGCAAUCUCCUCCCGCCAUCCUCACCCAGUUGGCAACACGCACCGGCAAGCUCUGGCGCACCGAUCUUCAGCUGUACGACGAGAACAACGUGCCGACGUCUGGCGCCACCGGAAACGUCAUUUUCACGAACAUCACCCGCGAUGAGCUGGAUGACUUGCAGGCCCGCUUCCGCCAAGACGACUCGCGAGCGUCAAUGGACAAGCCCGACCAAGCAAUCGCCGCCAUUACGCUAUCUCGCGACAUGUCGGUCUUUCGUGUGGUAUCUUGGCCUGGCAGCAAGGAUGCCGACCCUCUUCCGCCGGUCGUGCAGGAUGUCAGCAACUACAUGACGACCAUCUGCUUCGCCAACGCACACAUCGGCAACAUGUGGUGGUGGAGCCUAGUGGCGGGCAAGAGCAUAACUGACGAGGACUUUCCGUUCCAAGAUGACCUCGGCAACUGGAUACCAUACCCGCGCUGGCUCAUCAAGGAGGCCAAGCUGUUUUACGACAGCAAUGGCGCACCCACGCGCUUUGAGAUCUUCAGCAUAGCUGGCAUCGAGCGUCCAGAGCAUCGUCAGUACCCCUCUACGGACACACCCGCCUUUUGCAUGAAGGCAGCGCUGGCGUACGAAGUCAAGACAUCCCGGGAUGAGCUGAAGCGACUCACCACAUUGGCCAAGGAUAGGACGAAGUGCCGCGUGCGGUCGUUCGGCAACGGUCAAUAUCAUCUCUCACUCAUCUUUCCGAAGCUGGAGAAGCACGACCGUAGCGUCGUCCCCGAGCUUCGUCGUCGCGUGGACAUUGCCCUCUCUUACGGCGGCGAGAAGGUCGAGUUCACGGGCCGUAUAGCCGAGGAUGCCUUUGACGACAUGAGCAGCGAUACUCCUGCUGCCCUCUGCAAGCUGCGCAACCCUGAGCUUGAUGUCGACUUCGAUGAUCCCAGCGUCGAGCACCAAUGCAGCAUUGACUUUGUCGCAGACAACAUGCCAGCAGCGACGCAAGGGAGUCUACCUCUCGAAUAUCGCCUUUGGAGCCCAGACUCCAUCGCCAACGACACCAGCCCAUUCGGGGAGGGGCUGCGGAACUCCAUGGAUCCCGCCACCGGUACGAAUCCGCUGGUCAAGCAUGUUCAGAAUCUGGGAUUGAACGGCAGUCAACUCGAGGCUGUGUUCAGUGUGUUCGUGAGCAAGGAUGGACUGAAGCUCCUGUGGGGUCCACCGGGCACCGGCAAGACUUUCGUCGUCACCGUUCUACUGCAAGCGGUGCUUGAGGUCAAGGAGAAGAUUCUUGGGACCGCAGGCUCAAACCAGGCCACGAAGAACUUGUACGAGGCCUUCAAGAAGCGAAACGACAAGAAAGACUCGAGCAAGGGCAAGCUUAAGCCAUGGGAGUACAUCCUCUUCAAGAGUGCUCACGCUGGCUUCGACUGGUCAGGUAUGCACGGCAAGACGAUCACCGGCCUCGAGAUUCCCACUCUCGAUGUUCCUCUCGAUCCUGAAGCGGAAGAUAACACCGCAGACGCCACCGAUGCCACUGCCGAUCAGGACAUGGCUGAUGCAUCAACGGCGUCCCCGGCCAACAACUUCUGGGCUGAUGAGGUCGAGAAGGAGGAGUAUAACAAGCGCCUUGCGCUUGUCUUUGCGUUCUUGACUGCCAACGACAACGAUGUCGGUGACGACGUGUCCGACUAUCUCCCUGCCAAGAUGGCAAUGUGGGUCGAGAAGGUGGUGAACAAGAACAUCACUCCGCCGGGAAACACCAACCAGGCGAGGGAGACUGUCACGGAGUGCGAGCUGUUUGCGAACAAAGUGCAGGAGAUGCGUCAACUGCUCCCUCAGACCAUGCCUCGGCAGCCGAACCGCAAGGCGAAUUCGAGGAGACUGGACGAGAUUGUGACGGAAUUCCAGGACGUCGCUGCCAAGGUCACCGCGAAGUUCUUCGCUCAGUUGAAGGCGGUGUUUUGCACCAACAAUUCGUCGUGCCACCCGACCUUGGAGUUCUACAAGCCGACGAUACUCAUCGUGGACGAGGCAGGCCAGUGCACUCCACCCGACACCCUGACGCCGGCUGCGUGCUUCAUGGAGAGCCUCAAGACGAUGAUCCUCGCUGGUGAUCCCAAGCAGCUUCCGCCAGUAGUCAUCUCCAGAGGCUCCAAUCCUUUCGUGCAGUGGAUCGACCUGUCCUUGUUCCAGAUCCAGCAGGAAUUCACGCACAUUCAGCGAGAUCUCACCAUUUUCGACACCCAGUAUCGCAUGGCACCACGAUUGGCCGACUUCCUACGAGAUUGGCAGCUUUACCCUGGCCUGAAGGACGCAGAGUGUACGAAGGAAGACAAUGCCACUCGUAGGGCAUUCAGAGACAUGUGGGGGAGAGUGUCUUUCUGGAACAAGCGUCCGCGUGUCGCUCUUCAGGUCGACGGCGUUUCGUCCGUGAAGAAGGGCGGCACGUCUCAGGCCAACUACGAGGAAGCCUUGGCUGCCAUCCAGCAUGCCCAGUGGCAGGUCGCGUCCGGUAUAACCGCCACGGAUAUCAUCAUCGCCACGCCUUACAAGGCGCAGAAGGAGAUGAUCUCGGGUUUCAUCUUCGAGUUGAAUCGGCCCGAGCUCCAGGCCAUCCGCGUUUGGUCUCAUGAGGACAUCCAAGGUUUCGAAGCGGCGUCCAUCAUCAUCAGCUUCGUGCGCAAUGACCCCGAGGAUCCAUCCUCGAUCGGAUUCAUCAAGCUGAUGAACCUCAUCAACGUCCUGAUGACGCGUGCGAAGGACUGCCUGACAAUCCUCGGCAAUGUGGCCAAUUGGGCCGCGAAGCUCAAGAGCAACGACAAGGGCAACUUCGAGCAGGCGGGAGCAUACGGGCACUUCAACGCGCUCGUCAAGAACCUCGAAGAGAAGGGUGAUAUCUAUCGUCAUACCGACAUUGCCGACAUCCUUUGCGAGGUACCGAAUGCGCCCACGGAGAACACCCUGCUGCCAAUUCUUGCAUUGGCUCCAGUCUAUGCUGGCCCGAAGCGAACUGUCCCGACGACAGGAUUCGCUGCCCAGCCAGGAGGCUUGCUGCCACCAGAGAAGCGACCCAAGCAUCUCCCCAACGACGCCCCGCCAGCGAGCGAGGGUCCAAUGGGCAACUUCUUCGAGAGCGACGAUGGCGGUCGAGGUGGUCGAGGUGGUCGUGGCGGUCGUGGUCGAGGUGGUCGAGGUGGUCGAGGCCGCGGUCGAGGCCGUGGUCGAGGUGGUGCAUAG